AUGGCUUGCUGCUCUUCUACCGAGAUUGAACAACACCUACUACCUGCUCGUCCAAUCACCUUCGCCGAACAAUUCUGGGUGGAGCAUUCAACAUGGUUGGAAAGUGUGGGCUAUAGGUUGCGCGCGCGAUAUCAACCAAAUCGACCGCCACCCCAGCCUUUAACUUUGACCGAAGCCUUGUUUGACCCGGAUGAGGUCGCUAUGUAUGGUUCGAUAAUGGACGGAAUACGGAUUUCUGAUAAUGAGCCUGUAAUGCUAAAGACAGUAUCACGAAUAACCCAUCCUCAAGAAGUUAGAAUUGGCCUGUAUUUCUCCAACAAAGAUAUGGCUUCAGAUCCUCGCAACCAUUGUGUCCCUAUAUACGACGUGUUUCCAGUACCAAAUAUUGAAAUGGACAUAAUCGUAAUGCCCGUUUUAAGGCCAUUUGAUAAUCCAGAGUUCGAUACUGUGGGGGAAGCCAUCGCCUUCAUACAACAAUUAUUUGAGGGUAUCCAAUUUAUGCAUGAACAUCUUGUUGCUCACGGCGACUGCACAGCGAUGAACAUUAUGAUGGAUGGCUCUCAAAUGUAUCCUAAAGGCUGGAGCUCCCUGGAUCCCUCGCAGGCAAGAGACAACCCAUUUCGCGCAGCUAAGCGUGCCGGGUUUCGCAUGCAAUUCUGGCCGAAAUACUAUCUGAUCGAUUUUGGCCUUUCUCAUAUGUACAGUAGCAAAAGUACAGUCCCCCCAUUGGAAAGGAUAUUGAGAGGGGGUGACAAGUCUGCCCCUGAACAUGCACCCAAGUACAAACAUGCCAAUCCUUUCCCGACUGAUAUAUACUACAUCGGUAACCUUGUCCGCGAAAACUUCACAGAGCGCAGUGAUUCUAGUUUUUGUAAACGGUUUGCUUUCUUGAAACCGCUCGUCGACUCUAUGGUCCAAGAUGACCCCGUCAAGCGACCCACAAUUGAUGAGGUUGUCAUGCAAUUGGAUGCUGUUGUCCGAAAGCAUCGAAAAUCUGUGAACUUCAGAGAAGCUGCUUGCGACCUGCAACACUUUGAAUUUGAUGAUCACAUUUCCGCGUUUAUUCGACGAUUCACGAAGUAUUUGCUUCUGAGACGCUCCUUGCCUGUCUUGUCACGACCUCAGAUACGUUUACUACCUGAACUACACUGGAUGUAUUCAGGACCCCCAACGGAGUACCCAGAAGGUCAGGAGCGUCCCACAUUUCUUUAUGUCCAUGAUUUGGACAAUGAUCUGUAG